GCUGCAGCCGCAGUGACAGGCGAGCCGGGCGGGUGACGGGAAGUGCGGGCCGCGGGCGCGGGCGGGAGGUGACAGCAGCCACGCGGGGAAGAUGGCUGAGGACUUCGGCUUCUUCUCGUCGUCGGAGAGCGGGGCCCCCGAGGCCGCCGAGGAGGACCCGGCGGCCGCCUUUCUGGCCCAGCAGGAGAGCGAGAUUGCUGGCAUCGAGAAUGACCCGGGUUUCGGGGCACCUGCCGGCAGCCAGGUGGCCUCUGCGCAGCUGGGACUCGCGAGCGGGGCUGGCUCUGAGGACAUGGGGACUACAGUCAACGGAGAUGUGUUUCAGGAGGCCAAUGGGCCUGCCGAUGGCUAUGCUGCAAUUGCCCAGGUGGACAGGCUGACUCAGGAGCCUGAGAGCAUCCGGAAGUGGAGAGAGGAACAGAAAAAAAGGCUGCAGGAGCUGGAUGCUGCCUCCAAGGUGACUGAACAGGAGUGGCGGGAGAAGGCCAAAAAGGACCUGGAGGAGUGGAACCAGCGCCAAAGCGAGCAAGUUGAGAAGAACAAGAUCAACAACAGGAUUGCUGACAAAGCCUUCUACCAGCAGCCAGAUGCUGAUAUCAUUGGCUAUGUGGCAUCUGAAGAGGCUUUUGUGAAGGAAUCCAAGGAGGAGACCCCAGGCACGGAGUGGGAGAAGGUGGCCCAGCUGUGUGACUUCAACCCCAAGAGCAGCAAGCAGUGCAAAGACGUGUCCCGCCUGCGCUCGGUGCUCAUGUCACUGAAGCAGACACCACUGUCCCGCUAGGUGCCUGCUCCAAGGACGGCCACAAAGCAUGGGCCUUGCUGAGGCAGAGGAGCGGCUGCUUCAGCCAGCGGGGAACUUCCUCAGACAGCUGCCACACACAGCCUGUUCUGUUCCUCUGCACCUCUGGGAGCUGGGAAGUGGGACCCUCACCCCUUUCAACCCCCACUCCCUCCUGGCCCCAUGUCCCAGCCCUCAUGACUCCUCUCAGUCCACUCAAUUGUGACUGUCCCUCCUGAUGUAUUUUUUCUUGGCUUAAAGGGUAUGUUAACUCUU